UUGUCUUAAAUAAAAAUUGCGGAUUUUUAUCAACGGUUUUCCUAAAAUUUACGUGAAUAAAACGCCUAAAUAUCAAGCGCCUUGGAGUGGCUAAAACACGAUGGAGAAUGUCGAAAAUGAUCCAGGAGAUAUAGGGCAGGAGUCGGAAGAGGCAUCGCAAGUUCAUGUCGUUAGCCAGAAGGAUAUCCAUGACUUUUGGGACCAUGUAUCAACUGGAGAUCGUAUCAGUGAUGUCUGCACCACAUUUGAAUCGGAGAGCAAACAAGUCAUCAAGAAGCUCUAUGACAAAAGUGCAUCUAUGGGAGACAAAUUUGCAGUAGCCAAUUUCCUGCUUCAGAUAGGGGCGCUUCAGUUCCGUGUUCAGAAGAAUCCUGAGGAUGAAAACGAGCUGCAGACAAUCAUCAUUCUACAAAAACCAGACACCUCUCAGGGCAAGACAGACAAUAAAGAUGAAACUCAAGAAGCAGCAGAAGAAUCCAAUCACAACAAUUGUAAUAAUGAUGAUGAUGACAGCCCUGCAGGAGAAGGAGGUAGGGAGGAAGGCACCCUGGCUGGAGGGGGUCAAGGCCCCGAACCUGAGGCGGAACAGGCAGAGGAACCAUUUGAACCACCACCGCCAGAGGAGCACGAAUGCAACAUCUGUAACUCUGUCCUGACGAGCUUAUGGGAACUUGACUUGCAUGUGCUGAAUGGCUGCAGCAGUAAAACACCUCCCCGCGGAAGACCCACAAAGAAAGUCCAGGAGGAACUUGAAACAACUGGAUUGGUUACUGAUGAGCAAGACGAUGAUUGGAAACCCCCCUUGCCAGAAAAGAAGAAACGGGGAAGACCCCGCAAGUCUGUCCCUAUUAAUCCUCCACAAGAGGUACAAGGAAGUGCUAAGAGAAAGAGGGGCCGUCCCCGGAAGAGUGACACAUCCCUCGAAAUAGAAGAGAGCAAUAAAAAGAAAAGAGGUCAGCCCUUUAAGAGUACGCCCUCAGAACAUAAACAGGAAAGCAUUAAAGGAGCUGGAGAACGCUCCUUUAAGGGAGAUUCGUUAGCAAAGAAACUUGCUGAAGAGACUCGAUCGAAGCACGAGAAACCAAGAAAGGUUCAACUGAUGAAGCCUCAGCUGCAUACGCUUCACCUGCACAAGCUGCAAGAAACCAGAAGCAAACGGAAGCGCAGGCUACCUGUGAAGCUGAGGGAUGUGUUUGGUGAAAAGAAAGGGACAGAGAAGGAGGAAACCCCAACGGACGAUCCUGAAGAGGCUGAUCAAGCCCCAAUGGUCGAUCCUGAAGAGGCUGCUCAAGCAGAGAAGAACCAAGAGAAGGAUGAUGAAAUGCAGGAUGAAGACAUCAAGGAAGGGCUGAGUGAAGAGGAAGCUAGUGAUCUCCCAGCAGAGAGCGAAACAGAAUCUGAAGUCCAAGUCGAACCAUCUGAUGCCAUGAAGGAAGAUUUGAAUAACGACACUAAAGAGGUGCAUGGAGAGGAGAAAAUUAAAGGAAAGAAAAAGAAAAUAUUCUCUUGCAGAACAUGUGGCAAAACUUUCAAUGCAAGGUCACUGUUCAGACAGCAUCUCAUCAUGCAUCGCAACAAAGCCAUGAACUCCAAGUUUGAGUGUGGAAUGUGCAGGCUCGUGUUUUGGGACAAGUUUGAAUUAAAGAAACACAGAAAAGAACAUAAAGAAUGUAUUAGUUGUGAAUUCUGUGACAAGGUAUUCACACAGAUCACCCAUUACAAAAGGCAUAGAAACAAUGUUCACACUAAAGAGGUCUCCUAUCCAUGCACGCUUUGUGACAGGGUUUUUUACAUGAAGAAUCGCUUGAAAGACCACAUGGUGACACACUCUGGCAAGAAGGAGUUUUCUUGUGAUAUGUGUGACAUAAAGUUCUUUCUUCAAAGCCAGGUGAAGACGCAUAAGAAAACUGUCCAUGUGGAAGGCAAGCCAUACCUCUGUGACCUGUGUGGAUCAAAUUUCAAAAGCAAAGGCAUCCUGAAGCAGCAUCAUCUAACCAUCCAUACUGACAUUAAGAAAUUCCCUUGCAGACAAUGCGGCAAGUUGUUUUCCCGCUCAUCCCUCCGCAACCAGCACGAGAAGGUCCACUCGGGAUUGAACCCCUACCCUUGUGAACACUGCGGGAAAGGUUUCCGAGACAAGUUCAAACUCAGGGUGCAUGUGAACUGGCAUUUGGGUAUCCACCCGUAUGCCUGUAGCGUUUGUGAGAAGACGUUCCUUGUGAAAGGCAACCUGACCAAGCACAUGCGGAUCCACACUGGCGAGCGUCCCUACGUCUGCGAGCAGUGUGGCCAAGGCUGCGUGGACUCCUCCCAGCUCAAGAAGCACAUGGCGCAGACUCACAAAAUCCUUAUCGGCAGGAUACUCACCAAAGGUCCUGAACGCUCGGACGGGGUGCUUCCCUCCCGACGUCGUAAAAAGAAAAUAGACCCCUUCAUCCCGUUCCCUGAAUGUGACAGCGCAGAGGCUCAGGAGACUCAAGCCUACACCAUCGCAACAGAUGCCUUGAUUGAGAUCUCUCAACAGCUCGCUGACAUGAGCAACACUGUCCAAGUCCCUGCACAGAGUGGAGAGCUAGUCAUAGACCCCAACUCCAGGGCUGGUGAUGGACAUACUUUCAUCCAGCAGCAAGUUCAGAACAAUGUUUUAUCUUCCAACGUAAAUAACGGUGCGUCGGCUUCUGUGGUCCCAACCGAUACAUCCAUCUUUCCCGUAAUGAUUCAAGUCAGGGAUCAAAACAAUCCAGUUACUGUUCCUGUCACACAGAGCAUCGGUGACUUUCAGUCUCUAGAGCUUAUUACUAUAUAAAUGGUGGAUGACAUGCUGUUCAUUGAUACAUCAUCAAACGCUAAAAUCUUUUUAAAAGUAAGGGUUUGCUAUUCUAUCAAAAUUACCUUUGUUCAAAGAAGUAUACAAUUUUUUGUGACCAAUCGGUACAAUGCCAAAUUAUUAAUUAGCUUGCAUAAGUAGCAUACAUGUACAUAAAUGAUUCAGUGACUCAUCAAUGGGAACACCAUCCAAAAGGUGCAUUUUAAUUGUUUUUAAAUGACAAUCAAAAUCUCUUUUCUGAAAUAAUAGAAGAAAUUGAUAUGCUCCUAUUGUUUUGGUCAGGGCAUUGAUUUGUGUACACAGGCUACGGGGCAAACUUGUAAUCACUAUGUUAUAUAACGUUAACAUUUUACAGGAUACACAGUGAAUUCUCUCAGUUAUCAGCAAGGCACCUCCUUCCCCUAUGUAAACAUUCUUUAGACUUACCAAAUGUAGGCCUGUAAAUCAUAGAAAACAUGUAUUUUCUGAAUUCUAAACUAAAGCUCUGUUUUUUUUUCUCCAAGAUUAAAAUUGCAUGCUUUUAUGCACAAAGGCAAAAGUGCAUGCAUUAUUUAUAUGAAAAAUUGCCUCUGUAGAUUUUAUCUCUAAAUGGAAUUGUCACCAUAUGAGGAACACUGAAAGUUGAGGAAAGUUUAUUCCCACAAUUUCUGUUUUGAAUCGUUUAUUGCUUGACAUGGGUUGAUGCACUUUGUAUUAUCAUCGUGAAGCACGAAAUUUAAAUGAGAGAUGGAAGUGAUGUGAUGAAAUAGAAUUUUAAUUUUCAGGCUGUUUAUAUUUAUGGUUACAUGUAUUUUGAAAAGUUGGCAAUUUAAUUUUAAGGUUCUGAAUUUCAAAGUGCUCAUUUACUCCUAGUGCCGAAUUUCGCAAAUCAAGAUUGACAUGUU